CAUGUGGAAGAAGAAAGCACAGAAAGGGGUAGAAUGCCAAGUCAUCACAACCCCUUCCCAGGACUGAAAGAGAUACCCGAAGACACGCUGACAGCUGAGGAGUAUUAUGCCGAUGGGUUUGAUUCCUGUUCUGAAGAGAGUGAAGAGCAGGAAGAAGAAAUCGUGUUCCCAGGACCAGAGCUGGAGAUCAACGAUGAGAGCCCCUCGUCUGGUUAUAGAACCAAUCACCAGGACAGUGACGUCGAAGCUCUGGUCAGGUGUUUGGAAAAAGCCUUGGAUUGCACCUCGCUAGACACAAGGACCACCACCAGUACGGAGGCAGAAGACUGGUCCCCGGGACCCAGAGAACUCAACAGAGCAAUGGCCAGAGCCAGGAUGCAGCACAUAAGGGACUCAGCCACCCAGAAGCUGGGAGCGGAAGUGUUUGAAGAGGUCUACAGUUACCUGAAGACAGCAAGGCAUCUAAAUGCCAAUGACACCGAGGUCCAGGAGCGUCUGGAAAGCUGGGUGUCCCGCGCCAGUGACUGUUUUGAAGUGGAUCAGCUCCUCUACUUGGAGGAGCAGUUACGGACUAUGGUGACCAGAGAACCAUCUCGAAGAGACGGUCAGGACUCGAAGGCCAUCAAGGAGACAAGUCUUCUCUGUGAAAAACCGUGACACACCAACUGGCGUUGUGACCGGAAAUGGAGGCAUUCCUGGAGCUACCAUCUUGGUGCUCG